AUGACCAAACACGUCCCAACUGCUCAAGCAAAAACAGACAACAUGAACAUACGUUCCUACAGCCCUGAUAAAUUAACUGCAACUGGCAUCGACGAAUCAUCGCUCCUUAUCCAUCAGGAUGGCUACCUUGAACCUUCUUGGCGCCCAUCGAGGAGCGUAAGUGGCACAGCAGGAGAGGUAGUUGACAAUGAUCACACUACGAUUGCACCUUCUGAUAUAUCAACUCCCCCAAGACGACAUUCAAGCAGUUCCGCCAUCGAGUCGACAAAAUACAUGGGUCUUCGAUCUGACGUCGAUCCGACAGACAAUGAUACUCCAGGAGAAAGAAUUGCGCUCACCUCUUUCGACAAUGAGUCGAACACCGCAUUCAUCACGGAGUCACGGCCCUUGAAGGAAACCAUCACUUCGCAAGAUGUAACGGACAAAGCCAACGAAACAAUAUGGGACGCAUGGUGGCUGGAGACGUUGAGCAGCCUGCUUGCGCUUGGUUGCAUCAUCGCCAUCGUCGUCAUUCUAUCUCUCCACCAAGGAAAACCUCUGCCGGACUGGCCUGCGCUGAUAUCAGUCAAUUCCUUAACUGCUAUCUUCACAGCCGUGUUCAAGGCUUCACUCAUCCUGCCAAUUGCUGAAGGUCUUGGCCAGUUGAAAUGGAAUUGGUUCCAUCGCCCGCAGAAACUUGCCGAUGUCGCCCUGUUUGACAAUGCUAGCCGUGGGCCAUGGGGGUCGCUGCUCCUAAUUAUCAAGCAGAUACCACGUCCGCAUAAGUCGUACCUGGCUGGAUUUGGCUCUCUUAUUACUAUUGCUGCAUUGGCUAUCGAUCCUGUGUCCCAAGCCAUGAUUGAGCAUAGAGAAUGCCAUUUGACCAGGGAGCCAGGCGUUGUUGAGGUCGCAGAAGUUCCAAGGACGAACAACUAUACAGCCAGCGAUGUAUACGUCUUCGAUCACUUCAAAACUCAGUUGGACCUUUCGCCCACGAUGGAGGUGGCUCUCCACAAGGGCCUUUGGGACCCCGAAGAAACUGAGACCAUGAUCCAAUUCCAAUGCCCCACCGGCGAUUGCACAUUCACAAAAGGAAACGACAGCUUCUUCUUUUCGUCUUUGGCCAUGUGUCACUCAUGUAAAGACAUCACGAACGAUGUUGUCUUGGAACAUGAUCCAGAUGGCCAUCGUGCUUGGCAUCUGAAUGUCUCCCAGGAGCAACGCUGGCCAUUCUCAGGACCCCAGGUCUGCUCCGCUCUUCGCAAUAAGCCAAAGCUUUCGGUCACAUCGACACCAGGCAACGUUUACCGUCACGGUCAGGAACCAUUCCUCAGUUUCGACGUCUUAAUGAUCACAUUGCCUGCGUGUAAGGAGAAUGCCUCCUCGUGCUACUACAAGGAUCACACCGUUUCUAUGCUAAAGCCAGUUGCUGUUCGAUGCAGCUUGGAUCCCCUCAUUAACGGCGAGGAAAGACAGUGCUUUGCAACGGCAGAUUGGGCGCCGCAGUCAGUUCGAGUUGACUCUACUUACGGUAGUCUAUACAAGGUGGGAGAUCCACCUGAGGACUCUAACCUCGUUUGGAAGUCCUACCCACGAGAAUGUGUUUGGGCAGUAGGUUCCUCUAGCAGCCUGUCAAUCGACGAUGCCCUCAAAGACCUUUUCAACAACAACAUCAGCACUACAGACCUGGAGCAUGUUUCGAACGUGACUGGUCCAACAUGGCUGAAGAAGGUAUAUGCAGAAGGUCCCGGCAAUCUAUCUACAGUAGAGAGCAUGAUUCAGGGCUUGACAAAAUCGAUGACGGCAGCUAUUCGCAACGACCCCGGCGGUCCCGUUCCACCAGACCGGCUGGCGCUGGACGAGUCUCAACGCAGCCUCAGAAAAGUUCGCGGCAGUGUUAGUAGUACGCAAACGUGUGUAUUUGUACACUGGGGCUGGAUCGCAUACCCCGCCGCACUUCUCGUCUUGCAGUGGACAUUCUCGAUUUUGAUGCUGGUCACUCAAUGGCCAGACAACGGCGGCAAGACGCGCACUCGCUCGACGUGGAAGUCAUCGCCACUGGCUCUUUUAUUCCACGGACUCGACGAGGGUUUGCGCAGGAGCCAUGGCAAUUUGAGAACACUUAAGGAUAUGGAUGCAGCGGCUAAGAAGCUCAAUGUGCAGCUGGCACCGGUUGAUGGCUCAAAAGACAAAGGCUGGCUGCUGUGUGAAAGUUAG